AUGGAUUUCCGUCGAGGUGCCCGGGGGAGAAGGUAUCCACGCCCCGAAUUUUACAGGUGUCUGGGGUCGUUUGAGCUGCUGCGUGAUAUGUCCGCCAACGAUCGUCCCGGAUUUGGGCAUACUAGUAGCCAGACGGCGGUAACUCAAGUUUCGGCUUCUGCCCGUUCUGGUUGGUUCGAGGCCCGGAACGACGGACGGGCGAAACAGGGCUUUGAUGGAAAUUUACUUGGAUGUCCUCAGGAGCAGAACCACAGUCGAAGCAUAGUCCAGAUGAGAGAGAAACGUCCUCGGAGCUUCAAGGAAGCGCUCCCAGUAUCCGGUAUCCAGUGUUCAAGUAUCAUUGCACUUUAUGUAGUCCUAGAUGGUCGAGUCGUGGUGAAGAGAGGUGCAGCGGAUGCACGUAGCCGGGUCGAUGCACUAACAGAAGGCAGGGCGAGGGAUGUGGCCAAAUCGAGGGAAGCGCUGGAGCCUGGCCCUCGGACUCCCAACCAACAAAACCAUCCAGUCCGCACCCUCUUCCGCGCAUCAGCAUCACCACCACCACCACACCCUUUCAUCUCAGCAUCGCCGGCAGCGCCGCCCGUCAACACCUGGGGCCUGACCCCGAGUUCCUUCGACUGUCCAUUUCGGUGA